AUGAAACUUUCGACUUUCUUCGCUACCGUCGCCGUCGCUUUUGCUGAUGUUGUCGACGAUGACGUUUGCAUCUCGAAUGGACAGGAAGUUCCCUGUGAUGCUCCCCAAGUUGCUCCUAUUGUCCGAUCCGGCCGACAAGAAGUCGAUCGAAGUAUUGACCAAGAGCGUCGCUACUCCGACCUCAAAGCCAUGGCUGAAAAGCUCUGGGCUAAGAACGGGCUCAAGGGAGACGAUGCUUUUGACGAGCGAAAAUACUGGGCUUACGGCUGCCACUGCUAUCUCCUCGGAGACAGACCAAUGACCGAGAUGGGUAUGGGCCGACCUAAGGACGCCCUUGACGCCAAGUGCAAGGCGUACAAGGAGUGCCAGCGAUGCGUCCGAAAGAACCACGGAGACGAGUGCAUCGGCGAGUUUGUCCAGUACACCUGGAAAUGGUCCGGAAGACAGAACGAGUUGGUUGGACGAGAUGACGCUGGAUCUUGCCCUCGAGAGCUCUUUGAGUGCGACAAGAAAUUCGUCGAAGAUAUUCUUGCGGAAAAGGACGUCUUCGACAACCAAUACCACGCUUUCUGGUCCGGCGGAGAUGGCGAGAGCUUCUUCGAUAAUCGAGACCCAGCCAACUGCUAUUCCGCUGGAGGAGUUCCAGUCGAGCACCAAUGCUGCGGAGGCCACGACCAGCCCUUCUUCUGGAUGAACAAGAACAAAAACACUUGCUGCGCUACUCGAGAUGGCAAUUCCGGAAACGUCAAACCAUCUGGCUUCUCUUGCCCCCACGGAACCUUUUGA